GCCAAGGCAACUGCUGAAUCAUCCUUCACCGCCUGCAGCUGUCCUCUGAUGCAGCAAGGCCCUCCAUCGUCCGGGCCUGCAUUAGCAUUUUGAUCGGACGCUUCAAUUUGCUUUAUUAGUUGCAGCGGUCUGUGCAAGGGUUAUUCUCGGAGGACACGGAGGUGCAGCGGGCUGAGCAGCAGCCUUUCGGAUGGGUAACGUACCCACUACAGUGAAGCACUGCCUGAGCUAUGAGCAACUCGUCCAGGACUAUCCAUGGCUGAAACGCUGGCUGCUAGAGGAGAAGCCCAUUACAGGACAUGAGUAUCCAGAGUUUGUUAAAAUAGUUGAAGUUGGGCCGAGAGAUGGACUUCAAAAUGAAAAGGAAAUUGUUCCGACAGGGGUGAAAAUCCAGCUGAUAGACAUGCUCUCAGGAACAGGCCUGCCUGUGAUCGAGGCCACCAGCUUUGUGUCUUCAAAGUGGGUACCGCAGAUGGCAGACCACACUGAUGUCCUCAGAGGAAUCCAGAGAGCACCUCAUGUUCGUUACCCUGUUUUGACACCCAACAUGCAAGGCUUCCAGGAUGCUGUUGCAGCUGGUGCUACUGAGGUGGCGGUGUUUGGGUCAGCGUCUGAAACCUUCAGUAAAAAGAAUAUUAACUGCUCUAUUGAUGAAAGCAUGCAGAGGUUUGAAGAAGUCAUUAACGCUGCCAAAGAGCAACAAAUUCCAGUCCGCGGAUAUGUUUCCUGUGCCCUUGGAUGCCCCCACGAGGGACACAUUGAGCCUUCCAAAGUUGCUGAGGUGGCAAAGAGGUUAUAUGAAAUGGGCUGUUAUGAGAUUUCCUUGGGGGAUACCAUCGGUGUUGGUACUCCAGGUUCCAUGUUUAAGAUGCUGCUGAGUGUAAUGAAGGAGGUACCCACCAACGCUGUAGCAGUUCACUGCCAUGACACUUACGGGCAAGCACUGCCCAACAUCCUUACUGCACUUAAGAUGGGGGUCUGUGUAGUGGAUUCUGCAGUAGCUGGCCUGGGAGGUUGCCCGUACGCUCAGGGUUCAUCUGGCAAUGUUUCAACAGAGGAUGUUCUCUACAUGCUCCAUGGCAUGGGCAUUGAAACUGGGGUGAACCUUGCCAAAGUUAUAGAGGCUGGUGACUUUAUCUGCAAUGCUUUAUGUCGCAAGACAAACUCCAAGGUUGGCCAGGCAAGAGGGCGUAGUGAUGUGUUUCUGUAAAGGUACAUAUUUAAGUAUUUGACUUUGUUCCCUCUAAAGUGCUUCCCUUGUUUUUGCUGUCUUCAUAUUUGUCGCCUAUGCUUCUGUAUUUGAAGUACGUUGUUCCUUAUUCUAAACUGUCAAAGGGUAUCUCUACCAAUUUAUCUCAAGAAUAAUCAACAUUGUGUUUUGGUGUCCAAAAAGUUCAGUUCCUUUCAAUUCAUUUCCACAAAUUGGAAUCUGUUGGGACCAGAAUGGUUAUUAUGAUUGAGUGAAUCAUCCAGUUUGGCUUAUUUUUUGCUCUGAAUGGUAAUACAUUACAAAAGCACUGGCACAUUGGCUUGAAAAUAACUAGAGGCAGACAGAAGAGUAUUCAUUUGUGAUAAAUGUCCAGAUUGAUGACAUGAUAAGUGGUGAAUACAUAUUGGCCUUUUUGAAGGCUGAAUAUCCACUUGUAUUUUACCUUCUCAUAUUCAUUUGGCUUUGCCAAAUAAACCCAGUAAAGGUCAGUCACUUUUAUUAUUUUGCAUAGCUCAGUGGCUUUAUGAAAUAAACUAAAGUAAAGCAUUUUAAUUUUUAAAAUAAUAAUUUAGUUUGCUUUGGCAACUUGCUGAAUUUAACUUAUCACUUCAGAAAUAUCUGCGGUGAUCAUCAUUUGAAUAAAUAGAGAAGACAAACUGCAAAAAAAGAAAAAGCUCUUUCCUGCUUUUAAAACAUGAAAAAUUGCUUCAUGCACUUUACUUCUCCAAAGACCUUUUCAGCUUUUCAUACACAUUCAGAUCCUGUGAGUAGCAAUUGAAAAGACGCUUCUGAAACUACCACAAAAAUAACCAUUUAAAAGCAAUCUCAAUUGCCAAAGAUCAUUUAAGAAGUGCUCCUUAAAUCUUUUUUUGUCUUUCUUUUUUUUGCCAUUUACAAUGAAAUAAGUUACUCUCUGGGAGGAACGUCUGUGUGAGUGUAUAAGUCUAAUGUUGAUGUAUUUUCUCAUGUCUCUCCUGUCUGUUUACAUCCCAUUGUACAAUCUGUAAAACGUAAUAAAAUAGAAAUGUUAAAUGUG